GAAGACGAAUCGCACGAGAAGACCCGUCUUCCCACCGCAACCAUGGCCGGGAUCGUUCUCUUCCAAAUCCUCCUUCUUGUGGGUCUCUUGGGCGCAGACGAGUUCCCGUGUUUCCCCGACAAAGACUACGAGGAGCUGCUGGAGAUCGCCAAGCAUGGGUUGAAACACACAACCCAUCCGGUCAACGUGGUCAUCGUCGGCGCGGGGAUCAGCGGGUUGACGGCAGCAAAGUUGCUCCGAGACGCCGGCCACAACGUGACCGUCCUGGAGAUGAGCGACCGGGUCGGUGGGCGGAUCUGGACGUACCGACCCAAGGGACACGACUGGUACGCGGAGCUGGGAGCCAUGCGCCUGCCACCCAACCACAGGAUCGUCCAUGAAUUCAUCAGGCAGUUUAACCUGCGUGUAACGCCGUUCCGGGAGGACAACAACACCUGGUAUGCCGUGAACCGUGUUCGGAAAAGAACGGAGGAAGUCAAUGAAAACCCAGAUGUCCUCAAUUACCCCGUGGAUCCAUCAGAGGAAGGCAAGAGCGCCACCCAGCUCUAUAGAGAGGCCCUAAAUAAGGCUUUUCAGAAGUUCCACGGUAUGGACUGCAAGGACUUUAUAAAGAAAUAUGACUCCUUCUCCACCAAGGAGUAUUUGAUUAAAGAGGGAAAUCUAAGCCGGGGAGCAGUUCAGAUGAUCGGCGACUUGCUCAAUGAGGACGCCGGGUUCUAUUUGUCCUUCAUCAGCUCCGUGUGGAAUUUUGAGAUCUUCUCUAACGACAGUUUCAGCGAAAUCGUGGGUGGGUUUGACCAACUACCCAACGCCUUCCACAAAAUGUUGCCCGGCGUUGUCCGGCUCAACAGCGCCGUGGAGAAAAUUGUGCAGGACAAGGAAAAAGAUGAAGUCCAAGUGUUCUACCAAUCUGUGGACACCUGGGCUCCAAAAUCCAUCACCGCGGAUUACGUCCUUGUCACCUCCAGCGCCAAAGCCACCAGGCAUAUCCGAUUCGUGCCCAAGCUCUCUAUCUCAAAGACCAACGCACUGCGCUCCGUCCACUACGCCAGCUCCACCAAAAUAGUCUUGGCUUGCUCCGAGAGGUUCUGGGAGAAGGACGGCAUCCACGGGGGACGAUCCAUCACCGACCGCCCUUCCCGCUUCAUCUACUACCCCAACCACAACUUCUCCAGCGGGGUGGGCGUCAUCUUGGCUUCCUACACCUGGAACGACGACUCCGAGUUCUUCCUGCCCUUAACGGACGACGAGUGCUUGGACGUGGUCUUCCAAGACCUGGCCUACAUCCACCAAGUCAAUAAGGAUCACCUGCUAUCCAUCUGCAACCAGCAUGUCAUCCAGAAGUGGCAGCUGGACAGACACUCCCUGGGGGCCUUUGCUUCCUUAACCCCCUACCAGUUCACCGACUACUCACGGGUUCUCUUCCAAAACGAGGGCCGGUUGUAUUUCGCCGGGGAACACGCGGCUCAGCCCCACGCCUGGAUUGAAGCCUCCAUGAAAUCGGCCAUCAGGGCCGCCCGCAACAUCAGUGCCCUGGCGCAGGGCAAGCAGCAGACAGGGAGGUCCUGGCUAAAGGAAGAUCUCUGAGUGGGACCACGAUGGCUUGAAGAUGCUUUUUUGGGGGGUGUGAAGGUGUUUCUUGCCAAGAAAAGGCAAUGGAAGAGCAUCAGGAACAACAGCGUUGAAGAGAAAAACCUCUGAGAGCGCUCACGGUCAUCGGAUGGGGUUAAUGGAAUCGUAGAGUCAGAGAAUCCAUCGUAGAAUCAAACGUAGAAUCAGCAGUAGAAUUGUAGAACCAAUCAAAGAGUAGUAGAACCAAUCAAAGAGUAGUAGAAUCAACCGUAGAGUUGUAGAACCAUAGAACCAUAGACCAAACCAUAGAACCAACUGUAGAUGCAACCAUAGAACCAACCAUAGAAUUGUAGAACCAUAGAACCAACCGUAGAUGCAGCCAUAGAACCAACCAUAGAGUUGUAGAACCGUAGACCCAACCGUAGACCCAACCGUAGACCCAACCGUAGACCCAACCGUAGAGUUGCAGAACCAACCAUAGAACCAACUGUAGAGUUGUAGAACCAACCAUAGAACCAACUGUAGAGUUGUAGAACCAUAGAACCAACCAUAGAGCUGUAGAACCAUAGAACCAACCAUAGAACCAACCGUAGAGUUGUAGAACCAUAGAACCAACCAUAGAACCAACCAUAGAGUUGUAGAACUGUAGAACCAACCAUAGAACAAGUUGUAGAACCAUAGAACCAACCAUAGAACCAACCGUAGAGUUGUAACCAUAGAACCAACCGUAGAACCAACCAUAGAACCAACUGUAGAACCAACCAUAGAAUUGCAGAACCACAGAACCAACCGUAGAACUGUAGAAACAACCAUAGAACCAACUGUAGAACUGUAGAAACAACCAUAGAACCAACCGCAGAACCAUAAAAUCAUAGAACCGUAAAACCAUAGAAGCAUUUUGGUUGGAAGAGACGCUUAAGAUCGAGUCCAACCACAACCACUUAAUGGGGAUAGGAGGGAAGACUAAAAUAAAGCGAGGUCUAAGUAGCUUUCACGAUUAACAUGGCCGUGGCAGCAUCAUUUCUAAUUGAUUUCUGCAGAAAUGGAAUAAAGGUCAUUAUUUCUUGGUUCU